UGAGCGCUCUUCUGCCGCGCUCCUAUUGGCUGAGAAGCCGGUUUCCGGUUCCGGUGGGAGUCAGGAGCAAGAUGGCGGCUGUCGGGGAGGCCGUGACGCUGUUGAAGGAGCUUCGAGAGGAGGUUUCCACGGUGACGGAGCUGAGCCGGGAGCUGUUGGGCCGCCUCAGGGAUGGGAAACUGCGCACUGAUAAGGGCAUUUCGUUGCUGGGGGUGCGGGCGGCCGCCAUCUUGAAUUACGUCACCGACCUCGGCCUCGUGCUGAGAGCCAAGAGCGGGGGGAGGAGCUUGAGGGAAGAGCCCGCGUUGCCACGGAUACUGGAGAGCCGCGUGGUGCUGGAGAAGCUCCGCCCCCUGGAGCAGCGAAUCCGGUACCAGGUGGACAAACUGAUCCGGGCCGAUGGAACGACGGGUUUGAGCCAAAAUCCGACUUUUUAGCCCCAAAAUGCCCCUUUCUGACCCCAAAAACCCCCUUUUUCACCCCAAAAUGGCCAUUUCUGACCCCAAAAACCCCUUUUUAGCC